UUGAGUUGAUCCCUCUGGAGCAGAUGGUGAAUGGUGGCUUACCUAGAUGCCUUGAAUCCCAGGAGUUAACGGUAGCAUGUGUCCAUGUGGAAGGAGUAACACCGAAGUUGAGGAAGGAAGAAAGAAAGCCUCAUGAGAAAAAACUGCAGGAAGACAGCCUGAGAUCACAACUGGAUGCCACAUCAUGUUGCAGAGCACAGCUGCCAUUGCACUGCUGCUUUGCGUGCAGUCUCUGCAUGGCUCCGCUCUCCCUGCCGUGUCGUCCUAUGAGUUCACUGCCUAUAGGAUGCAACAGUACAACCUGGGACAGCAUAAGUAUGGCUGUCGUGGAGCCAUUGUUGUUGCGGAGGCACGCUCAGCAGAAGAGCCGUCGCUAACCCGCCGCUGUGUGAUAAUGAAGGUGGAAGACUUCACUACAGAAAAAUACUCCGAGGCCCAACGACAAAAUGCAGCUGCCAUCCUGAUCCUGCUGCCCCAAAAUAUCUCCAGUAUCCCUCACAAUGCAGUAGAGUCAUUUAUGGUGAGUGAAAGCGAGACCUUGCUUAAGGAGACCCUCAUGCCAGUGUAUGUGGCACCUGAGGAUGAACAGCUGCUCUGCAUGUAUGAGGAGGUGAAACAGGCUGCAGCCACCCGGACAUCAUCCAUUUUUGUCAGAGUCCUCCGCAGUAUGGUCACGGCUACAGCUUUUCAGAUUUUAGUGAUCAACAAUGCCCCAAUUAAGGCCACCACUGACAAUGCUAUAAUCACACUGGAGGGAGUUCUUCUAGGAGCAGUAGAGGAUGCACCCACUAUAGUCAUCGCAGCCCACUAUGACUCUUAUGGGCUUGCCCCUUGGUUGUCUUAUGGAGCAGACUCAAAUGCCGGUGGUGUCACAAUCCUAAUUGAGUUGGCCCGUCUCUUCCAAAAACUCUACAGUAGUCCCAGAACCAGACCACAAUUUAAUUUAAUGUUCUCCUUGACCGGAGGAGGAAAAUACAAUUUCCUUGGAACAAAGAGGUGGAUUGAAGAGAAUUUGGACCACGCUGAGUCCAGCCUUCUCCAUGACAAUGUGGCAUUUGUCCUGUGCUUGGAUACACUGGCCAACGGCGAUGAGCUGUACAUGCACGUCUCCCGCCCUCCUAAACCCGACACGCCAAUGCAGUCUUUCAUCCAACAACUGGAGGAGGUGGUUUCCUCCAGAUUUCCCUGGGUGAAGGUGGGGUUGGUUCAUAAAAAGAUCAAUCUUGUGGAGUCUACUGUAGCCUGGGAGCAUGAGCGCUACAGCCUACGCAGGAUCCUGGGCUUCACUCUGUCUCAUCUGGAAGAUCCUAAAUCUGAACUUCGUGGCUCUAUGCUAGACACCAUGUCAAAAGUGGAUUUCCGGAAACUUAAGCGAAAUGGCAUCAUCAUAGCAGAAGCGCUGGCCCGCUACAUGUACAAUCUCUCUGACAAGGGUUCACCAAAGGAUGUGCAAGUUUUCAAGGGCCAGCUGGACAUUCAGGACAGUCGUAUCUCCAGUUUGAUGUCCUUCCUGACAUCAGUCCCUCGGGCUACUCAGCUGCUGGAUAAGGAACCCAGUCAUAUCUUGCUGGUCAACUCACUGGAGCACGAAUUCAAGCGCUAUCUGCAGCAAGUCCACAGACACACCUUCCGACAGGACAAGAGGGAUCCUGAUAUUACCUUCUUUGAUCAAAUGAGCCAACCAAUAGUCAUGUACAGAGUGAAGCCUGCAGCCUUUGAUCUGUUCCUGGGAGGCUGCAUUGCUGCUUACCUGGGUAUUGUUUACUACGCAAUCCAGAAUUUCGGUUUUCUCUACACAAAACUAAAAGCAGCAGUUAAAACUAAGCACCACUGAAUCCACUACGACUACGACCACCGACUCCAUGACAAGCGCUUUGAAGUCAGCUCUGCACAUGUUGGACAUUUGCUGGGUGUGCAGCAGGAAGCCUCUUUGCAUGAUCACAUGCAUCUCAUAUAAAGUGGGAAUUUAUUUUGAAAUGUAAAUUUUUUGUUUGUUUGUUUGUUUUUUAA